AUGGAGCUACCGGACAACAUCUUAAUCGUUGGAGGUGGGGUAUUUGGAUUGUCAACCGCCCUGUCACUCUCAGAGCGACACCCAAACAAACAAAUCACCCUACUCGAAGCCUCACCCACAAUCCCCAACCCCCACGGCUCCUCAGUGGACACUUCACGCAUCAUCCGCGCCGACUAUUCAAAUCCGGCCUAUACCAAACUCGCAGCUGCCGGGAUAAAGAAAUGGCGCAAUACCGAAUGGGGUCAUGAAGGUCGCUAUACAGAAAACGGCCUUGCUCUGGUAUAUACAGAGGGAAACUUCGAUUCGGAGAAUUACACCAGAAAGAGUUAUGAGAAUGUGAAGAAAUUGCUCGAGGAAGAAGGGGAAGGGUCAGAGAGUAUUGCCGAGAAAGUGGUUUAUUUACCUGACAAGGCAGCGUUGGAAAAAGUCGUGCCGCGAUAUGCGGCGGGGAUGAAUAUAUCGGGAGGAUAUUUCAAUCGGGGAUCGGGAUGGGGUGAUGCUGAAGCCGGGGUGCGAUUCGCGAAGAAGAAACUUGAUGAGAUGGCUAAAGUCGUUGUUAGACAUGGAGAGGUGGAAAGACUGUUGUUUGACGAGACAUCAUCAUCAUCAUCAUCAGCUUCUCAACGCAGAGUCACCGGUGCUAUACUGAAGGAUACCGCGAAUGGUACCACCUCGACAAUCACCGCGGACCUGAUCAUUCUCGCGACAGGUGCAGCAACAGGCAGAUUAGUCGACCUCCGCGGUAUCGUGGACGCAACAGGUCAAGUAUUGGCAUAUAUCAACAUCACAGACGAAGAGCAGGCACAAUUAGCCCAUAUGCCCACCAUCCUCAGCUUUUCGACGGGCAUGUUUAUUAUCCCGCCACGAAACAAUUUACUCAAGAUUGCGCGUCAUGCAUAUGGUUACUUGAAUCCGUCGGAUGUUCCGGUACCAGGCUCUUCGCAAACUAUGAGAGUUAGUCUGCCGGUGCACGACCUGCCAAUCCCAGCCGAAGGCGAGAGGGCCUGUCGCCAAGCUCUUCGUGAAAUGCUACCGGCCUUCGCCGAGAGACCGUUUGCGCGGACCAGAAUCUGCUGGUAUUCAGAUACUCCCACUGGCGACUUCCUCAUAACCUACCACCCAUCCCAUCCAAACCUCUUCCUAGCCACCGGUGGCAGUGGCCACGGCUAUAAAUUCUUCCCCGUGUUGGGAGAUCAAAUCGUCAAUGCUCUCGAGGGGAGACUAGAUCCUGAAUUACAGAGAUUGUGGAAAUGGCCGGAUCAACAAGAACAGCGUGAGGGCAGUAUGGAAAGAGAGGGGGUAAAGUUUGUUGUGACGAGAGAUGGGAGUCGGUCUGGGAAAGUUGGGAUGAUAUUAAAGGAUGAGCUUGCGAGAUCGAGUCGUCUGUGAUCGUCAAACAUUAUCAGGGUAUAGUUACAAGCAUACGAUAUGUCACACCUGAGUGUAGAUACCGUUCAGUGUUAGUUUAGAUAGUCAUUACGUGGACAUAUUUUCAAGAUUUCUUCAUUUCUCCAACUAGUAUUGAAUACGUAGUCUUUGAGCUAUUGGAGUGACAGGUCUGGCUAGUAAGGCGCGACCUCAAACGGCACACUGAGCCUUUUCUUCUUUCUUGACAACAAUCUGCCACAACCGCCCAUCAACGAUACAAAAGUAAAGUGAUGAGACUGCAACCGAAGUGAUAAUUAGUUAAAAAAAAGGGGGCAACAUGAACAGGCAGGUACUGAUUCGACCAGCGCAAAUGUACCGCCCAUAUCAAAAUGAAAGAAAAAAAAAAAACAGUCUGCGGUUACGCAACCUUCUAAUAUAACAGUUUGGGAACGGAUUCUUUUGAAAUAGAGGGGGAAAAACACAAGACCCGGAGUCAAUCGAAUCGCUAGAACGCCGCUAAAAUGCUAAACAUCAACCAAUCGUGAUAGGGGGAGUCCGAGCUCGGGUGUGGAAAAGUAUUUCGAUCGAACGGUCAAUUGACGAACGACACUCAUCCCGAUGGACUCUAAUUAGGAGAACCAAAAUGUUAAUACAUGAGUCGAAAAACUUGUGAUUACCACAAGAGUAGCAAUCAACGAAGUGACCAACCCCUUUAUGUUUUACGG